AUGUACCAGAAGGACCUCUCCUUCAAUAGGCUCAAGGGAUUAGACGUGGAGCUGCUAAGGUGGACGCCCAAGCUCGUGGCGGUCAAUCUGGCCUCCAACGCCCUGAGUGUCCUUCCAGGCGGGCUGCUGAAGGAGCUGGAUCAGCUGGAAGAGCUGGAUAUGAGCAGUAACAGGCUGAGGACCGCUCCGGGGCUGGCUGGGCUCCACCACCUGCAGGCUAUCGACCUGGCCUCCAACUGCCUCACUGCUCUCCCUUCAGAUCUGUUAAAGGACACGAUGAGACUAGAGAGCUUCUCUGCCAGCCGGAACGAGCUGAGUUACAUCGAACCGAACACGUUUCGGCACCUCCCCAGGCUCGCCUUUCUAGACCUUACUUCCAAUCGUAUUCUCGAGGUUAGUACUCAGAUAAUAGUUUUUUUUUAA